UUCCCAUAAAAAAAUGAUAGAAUAUUUUUGAUACACAUCAAACCCGAAGCAAUGAAACCGUGACUGAACCACCUAAACGCGGCGGGGAUAUGCUGAGUACAUUAACGAAACGGAGCUUUUGCACCGUCGCUCCUCGCCCUUGGCUUUUCGUUGGAUUGGGUAACCCCGGCGACAAAUACAAAGGAACUCGACACAAUGUAGGUUUUGAGAUGAUUGAUGCAUUUGCCGAGUCACAAGGAAUUGCCAUGGAUACAGUACAUUGCAAAGCUAUUUUUGGAAAAGGUUUUGUUGGCGAUGUUCCUGUUUUCCUUGCAAAGCCUCAAACUUAUAUGAAUCUCAGUGGUGAAUCAGCAGGACCACUGGCUGCUUAUUACAAGUUACCCCUUAAUCAGGUGCUUGUGUUCCAUGAUGAUAUGAACCUGCCAUGUGGGGUGCUUCGUCUUAAUGACAAAGGGGGUCAUGGAAGCCACAAAGGGCUAAAGAGUGUUAUUUAUAACUUCAGAGAUAAUAGUGAAUUUCCUCGUCUAAGAAUUGGGAUUGGGAAGCCUCCUGGACAAAUGGAUCCUAAAGCAUUUUUGCUUCAAAAGUUUAAUGUAACAGCUAGACAACGAAUUGACGAGGCUUUGCAAGAGGGGGUUGAUGCCUUGAAGCUUCUUCUAUUUAAAGGUUUGGAAGUGAGUGCAAAAAGGUUCAACAAAGAACAGAAAUAUAAGCACUUAAAAGUUCAGACAUUACCAGUUUGGUAAGAUUUGAUUAUGGCAAGUCGUGUUAUAAGUAUGGUUAGUUCCUCACUUUAAGGUUUCAUAGAUUGCCUGGGUGCAUAUUGAUGUAUAAAACGUAAGGAUAAAAUGUACUGAAUUUUGUAAACAUCCAUCAUGUAUAUUAAUAUAGCUUUUCAAUUGGUUUUGUAACCUUUUGCCA